AAGGUCAGUGGUGGGGCAGGCGCGCUGGCGCUGGUUCUGCAGCGGACAAACAUGGCGGCCCCGACGUUGACUGCAAGGUUGUACUCCCUGCUGUUCCGCAGGACCUCUACCUUCGCCCUCACCAUCGCCGUAGGCGCCCUGUUCUUCGAGCGCGCCUUCGAUCAAGGCGCGGACGCGAUCUACGAACACAUCAACCAGGGGAAGCUAUGGAAACACAUCAAACACAAGUAUGAGAACAAGGAGUAAUUCCUCGGAGGCCUCCAUCCAGGCCAGAAGGACCAGGUCCACCCACCAGCUGUUUGCCUAGAACCAGGGCUUCAGCUUGAAAAUGAUGCUCACGUUGCUCUCCAUGGACCACCUUUAGCUGUUGGCAGGAGAUGGCAUCACCUGACAGACUCUUUAACUUCUGCUAUCUUUGAAGAAUGUUUAAUCAGAGUCAUCAACAAAUAAAUGUAAAUUGUCCUUGA